AUGUACAUCACUCUCUAUUAUAUAGUCACCCGCCUCCCUAACUCCCUUCAUGUACUCAGGGACCACUUCCUCUCAGUCUGUCCCACCACUCUCACUGUUGACCUCUUAGAGAAGGCCCUCCUAGCAGCGGAGAAGAGCAUAGUCGCUGUAGGAGCCUCUCGUGGUGACCCUCGCACCCCCAUCUUUGAGGGUCGGUCGGUGCGGCGUCUGCCCCUAGUAGGAGAUGCCGCUCUGGCAAGGGCAAGGGAGGCAAGGGCGCGGGUGGAGCUAGCGGGGGCAGUGGAGGUGGCGGUGGAGGCGGCGGAGGGAGUGGGGGUGGCGGUGGGAGUGGUGGCGGGGGUGGAGGUGUCGGUGGCAGCAGUGGAGGCGGAGGCGGCGGCGGUGCUAGCGGAGGCGGCGGUGGUGGCGGAGGUGGAGGAGGCGGUGGUGGAGGAGGUGGAGGUGGUCCGGGUGGCGCUGCGCAGCGGAGCAGCCCUGGCGGUGGUCAGCGCCAGCAGCAGCAGCAGCAACGUUCUCGGGACAUCCCCCCCCCCUCAGCAGCUCCGUGUGUGGUACGCGCAGCGUCAGCGUGGUGGGGGUUUUGGUCCGUGCACCUACGUCCUUAGCUCCGGCGACCGCGCGGGUGAGCAGUGUGGGGGUGCCCACCCCACCCAGCGCUGCUCUGGCCGCCUGACGGACGCUUGGCGCCAGCAGUUCCCGGAGGCCAGUAAGAUCCCCCGCUGGGGAGAGCUUUCUAGGGCAUGCGUAGCUAUCUAUGAUCUUGACUUUGAUGCUAUCCUUGCUGCCAUGUAUGUUGUGACUAUUAGUGAUGAGGGUGACUGUUACCGAUGUUUCCCGCCCAACCCGGAGAAUGGUAUUGCUGCUCUAGGUGAUGGUGAGGCUGCUGCUCUAGGUGCCAGUGCGUCUGCGCCCUCAGGUGCUGGUGAGUCUGCGCUCUCAGGUACCAAGUCGACUUCGGCCUCCCUCACCUUUACACUUGACUCAGGGGCUUCUCGCUCCUUCUUUCGAGACCGCACCACACUCACGCCGCUUGGUCGGCCUGUUGCAGUCUCCCUGGCAGACCCCUCUGGGGGUUCUGUCCUCUCUCACUUCUCCACUGUCCUCCCGUGUCCGGCUGCCCCCUCUGACACCUUCUCUGGUCUUUACCUUCCCUCGUUCUCUACGAACUUGGUGAGUGGUGCUGACCUGCAGGAUGCGGGGGCUCACCAGUUUACUCCUGCGAGUCAGCGGGUGACCCACUGCUCAGACGCUCGCACAGGCCGGCUUGUGGCCACGUUUACGCGUCGGCCGGGGUCGAGCCUCUACACCCUAACCACUGAGUCUCCUCCUGUCCCUGCGUCUAGCCAGGUAGCUGCGUCGGGUCAAGUGUUUGCUGCAGCGUCCAGAUCUGGUCUUGAGUCUGCCCCCUGCUCGUGUCGCCUCCUGUCUCACGAGACUCUCCUCUGGCACCACAGUCUUGGUCACCCCUCCUUGCUUCGUCUUCAAGGCAUGGCUUCCCGUGUCCUUGUCUCUGGUCUCCCCCGGUCCCUCCCUCCCCUUCCUCUAGGGCCUGGUCCUUCCUGUGCUCCCUGUGUCGAGGGGCUGCUCUGGGCUGCCCCUCACUCUUCUCAGUUUCCCCCGACAGAGGCCCCAAUGCAGACGCUUCACAUGGACGUGUGGGGCCCGGCCCGCGUCCGUGGACAGGGUCACGAGCGCUACUUCCUGCUGGUGGUUGACGACUACUCGGGUUACACCUCAGUCUUCCCCUUGCGCACAAAGGGUGAUGUCACUAAGGUGUUGAUCGACAGGAUCCGCACAGCUUGUCUCCAGCUCAGGAGGAGCUUCGGCUCGGACUUUCCUGUUCUGCGUCUGCACUUAGACCGAGGCGGAGAGUUCUCCUCUGGCCUUCUGCGAGCCUACUGCCGUGCGCGAGGCAUCCGCAAGACCUUGCUUCCGGACUCUCCACAGCAAAAUGGGAUUGCUGAGCGCCGCAUUGGCAUGGUCAUGGAUGUCGCUCGUACAUCCAUGAUGCAUGCGGCUGCCCCCAAUUUUCUGUGGCCGUUUGCGGUUCGGUACGCGGCGCAUCAGAUCAACCUUCACCCAAGGGUCUGCAUGCCGGAGACUUCCCUAGCUCUGCUGUGGACGGGGAAGGUAGGCAAUGCGUCUGCGUUUUGUGUCUGGGGAUCUCGGGCGUUUGUCCGCGACUUGUCUGCGGACAAGCUGUCCCCUCGUGCUGCUCCUUGUGCCUUCCUUGGCUUCCCCCAUGACGCACCAGGGUGGCAAUUCUACCACCCCUCCUCUCGUCGUGUUAUGUCCUCCCAGGACGUCACGUUUGAUGAGUCGGUCCCCUACUUCAGUCUCUUCCCCUACCGCACUCCUUCCCUCCCCCGCCGCCGCACUUCCUUGUGCCAGGUAGACGCAGUCGAGCCGGUCGAGGUUGCUGGUGACUCUGGUACUACUGCGGGUGCUGAGCCUGGGGGUGCUGACUCUGGGGGUGCUGCGCGAGUGGGUGCUGAGCCUGGGGGUGCUGACUCAGGGGGUGCUGCGCGAGUGGGUGCUGAGCCUGGGGCUGCUGAGCCUAGUGGUGCGGAGCCCGCGGCCGCUGGACCUGCUCGUGUGGAGUCUGGCGGUGCUGGGCCUGGUGGUUCUCCGGGUGCUUCGUCUCGGCGGGAGCCACUCUCUCCACAGGAGCUGCGCGAGUGGUUUGCACGGCGCUGGAGGCGUACUGCUGGAGCUGGUGCUUCUUCGGCUGCUGAGGGUGCUGGUGCCGCCGGUCUCGGAGGUGCUAGCCCCAGGAGUGCUGGAGCUGCUGGGCCUGCGAGUGCGACUGGAGUCAGAGGUCCUGAGGGUGUUGGUGCUGAGGCUACUGCUGUCAGUCCUAGCGCCGGUCCUACUGCGGGUGCUGCUGGUGCUGCUAAAGGUACUGGAGCUGGAGGUGCUGUUGGCGCUGGUGCUCCCACUGGGGGUGCUGGUGCUGUCCCUGCCGUAUCUGGAGUCGCUGCGCGGCCUCAGCCGUACUUUGCUCCGCUCCUUCAGCAGGUUCUUGGUCUUCCUCCUCCCUUAGAGUGUCCAUUUCCUGUCCAGUCACAGUCACAGUUACCGCCGGCCUCCCCACUGCCUGCUCCUUCUCCCUACACUGGUCCUACUGGAGGUCUUGCUGAGCGUCGUGAGCCUGCGUCUCGACCUGCGUCGCCUGUUCGUGCUGCUCGCGCUAGUGGUCACGGUUCGCGUCAGCGUCCUCCUCCUGUCCCUGGCACGCACCGGAUGUCUCUGCGUCCAUCCACUACUCCUCUGCGUGCCCCUUUGACUUCUCCUCCUGAGUCCUCUCUUCCUGCCCUGGCCGACCGGGAGUCGGACUCUCUUCGUACUACCAGUCCUACUGUCACGCGUCUCCUUGCUAAUGUCGUCACUGACCCCUCAUUAAAGUCCACUACUGCGUCUGCUCUUGUUGCUGAGCUCGUCGACUUUGCUGCUCGCUGUCGUCAAGACUACGCUGCUAGUUUCGUUGCUGAGUCUGCGUUUGUCUGUCCUUCGUCCGUCGGGGGUGAGUGUACUUUUGGCACGGACGUCCUUGAGGACAGGCAGGAGGAGUUCCAGUGUCUGGCUGCUGCUUCACCUCAUCUCGUGUCCGUAUGGCUUACCCCUAAGGGAGACCCGGAUGCACUUGACAUCCCGACUCCGCGCUCUUACGCGGAGGCCGUAGAGGGUCCCUACUCCUCUCAGUGGCAUGCAGCUAUGGAUGCAGAGAUGGCUUCCUGGAAGUCCACAGGCACCUACGUUGACGCGGUUCCCCCACCUGGGGCGAACAUCGUCAAUGGCAUGUGGAUCUUCAGGGUGAAGCGGCAGCCGGGCUCUCCGCCUGUCUUCAAGGCGCGGUACGUGGCUCGUGGCUUCACCGCUCAGCGCGACUACGAGCUUCACUCUCUUGACUUCAGCACUGCUUUCUUGCAGGGUAGCCUACACGAGGAGAUCUGGCUGCGCCAUCCACCUGGCUUCACUGGGACUUUCCCUCCUGGCACCCAGUGGAGCCUCCGACGGCCAGUCUACGGUCUCCACCAGGCACCGCGCGACUGGCACGUCAUACUGAGGACUACGCUUGCGGCUCUUGGGUUUGCUCCCUCUACUGCUGGCCCGUCAUUGUUUCUACGCACCGACACCUGUUUGCCGCCGUUCUACAUCCUCGUGUACGUCAACGACUUGGUCUUUGCCACUGCUGACACUUCUGGACUCGCCCACGUAAAGUCCGAGCUACAGAAGAGACACACGUGCACAGACAUGGGUGAACUGCGCAGCUACCUUGGCUUGCAGAUCACCCGAGACAGAGCGCGCCGCACCAUUACUGUGACUCAGUCACACAUGGUGCAGCAGGUCCUUCAGCGCUUCGACUUCACGUACUCCUCGCCUCAGGCCACUCCUCUGCCUACUCGCCACUCGCUCUCAGCUCUGCCUUCGGAUGAGUCCGUAGAGUCGAGUGGCCCGUACCCAGAGCUUGUUGGCUGCCUCAUAUACCUGAUAACCUGCACACGACCUGACCUUGCAUACCCUCUUAGCAUUCUUGCACGCUAUGUUGCUCCUGGGAGACACAGACCAGAGCACAUGGCUGCAGCGAAGAGGGUGUUGCGCUACUUGUGCAGUACGUCGGGCAUGGGGCUAGUGCUUGGAGGGCAGAGUCAAGUGGUCUUCACUGGGCACGCGGACGCUUCUUGGGCUGAUGACCAGGCUACGCAGCGGUCGUCAUAG